AUGGAGGACUUAUACGAGAUACUAGAAGUGAGUUCUAGUGCUACCGAAUCAGAGAUCAAGAAAGCAUUUAGGAAGCUUGCCCUAAAGUAUCAUCCUGACAAAGCAUCCGAGGAAGAUCGAGAAGAGUCUGAAAUUCAUUUUAAAAAAAUUUCAUAUGCCUAUGAGGUCUUGAUUGACGAGGAGAAGCGUCAAAACUAUGAUAUAUAUGGUACGACUGAUAGUAAUGGUGGCCCAGGGCAUUAUGAUUUUACGGGUAAUCCUUUUGAACAAUUUUAUGGAGGAGGAGGAGGAGCUGACUACAAUGGUUAUGGAGGCAACGACUUUUAUGAUUUCUUUAAUGGAAUGAAAGGGGGUCAAUCUAGCCGUCAUGACAGCAGGCGAACAGAGGAUGCAGUUUUAGAGGUCGAAGUAACAUUGGAGGAACUUUAUAUUGGCAAAGUGAUACGAUCUACUUCAACUCGAAACGUUAUUUGCACUCAGUGUAAAGGGAAGGGAGUCAGGUCAUCUAGCGCCGUAAGCAAAACGUGUGGUAUUUGUCACGGAGAAGGAUACACCAGAAAAAUCAAAAGAGUGGCUCCCGGAUUAGUUGCUCAGGAAUAUGUUGAUUGUACGACGUGCAAUGCAACUGGUAAGAUCUAUCGCACAAAGGAUAGAUGCAAGUUGUGUAAAGGAACAAGAGUAUGUGAGGAGACAAAAAUAUUGGAGUUUGAGAUACCAAAGGGUUCCCCAAGUGAAGGAUCUAUCGUGAAAAAGGGUGAAAGUGAUGAAUACCCUGGUAAAAUUGCUGGGGAUAUCAUUUUAAAAUAUACUUGUAAAAAGCAUGAGGUUUAUGAAAGAAAGGGAGAUGAUCUUUAUAUGGAAUUAAAGAUUCCAUUGGCAGAUGCGCUUACUGGAUUUUCCAGGUUGGUGAGUCAGCAUUUGGAUGGACGGGGUGUAAAAAUUGUUACACCAAAAGGUAAAGUGAUUAGACCAGGUGAUUAUAUCAAAAUUGGAGGUGAAGGGAUGCCCAAGCUUGCUGCAAAGAAGUCUUGGUUUUCAAGAAGUGAAGGCAAUGGUGAUUUAUACGUCAAGGUGGAUAUUGAAUUUCCUAGUGAUAACUGGUAUCUCGAAAAGAACGAUUUGAUGGCAAUAAGAAAUAUACUACCAACAGCAUUAAAGGAGAGGAAACCAGGGCUUUCGAUACCGGAAACAAACGUCGAGUUGUUUACCGAUUUCUCCAUUGUGCAGUCGCUGGAUUUACCGGACUAUCAAACCACUUACGAUUCAAACCAUCAGGAAAACGGAGCAUACGAGCAAGGGCCACAAUGCACUCAACAAUAG